UUACCAGCCCCUCUUCCCACCCCUGCUUCCUGCAGCUCCUCCCCUCCUGGGAAGUGACUCUCCAUAGCCAAGUUUUCCCUAGAAGCAUCCCAGGGAUUCGGGUGGGCAGCACCGGCUUCGCUUGCUUGCAGCCACAGGUGGGGCAGGCAGGGUGCUCCACUCCCAGCAGCAGGUCAGCAGGGACUUGGGCUACGCAGCUGUGCCUGGUGCAGACCCUCGAGACCCCCUAAGAGAUGGGAGACUGGGGCUUCCUGGAGAAACUUCUGGACCAGGUCCAGGAGCACUCGACAGUGAUUGGGAAGAUCUGGCUGACAGUGCUGUUCAUCUUCCGGAUCCUCAUCCUGGGCCUGGCGGGGGAGUCAGUGUGGGGAGAUGAGCAGUCAGACUUCUUGUGCAACACCAAGCAGCCAGGCUGCACCAAUGUCUGCUAUGACAAAGCCUUCCCCAUCUCCCACAUCCGCUACUGGGUGCUCCAAUUCCUCUUUGUCAGCACCCCCACCUUAAUCUACCUGGGCCAUGUCAUCUACCUCUCCCGCCUGGAUGAGAAGCUGAAGCAGAAAGAGAGCGAGCUGCGAGCUGUGCCGAUCAAGGACCUGAAGGUUGAGCAGGCCCUGGCAGUGGUAGAGAAAAAGAUCUCCAAGAUCUGUGUCACAGAGGAUGGACACAUCAAGAUCCGGGGACCCCUCAUGUGUUCCUAUAUCACCAGCGUGAUUUGCAAGAGCAUCUUUGAGGCUGGCUUCCUCUUGGGUCAGUGGUACCUGUAUGGUUUCUCCAUGCCAGCUGUCUUCGUGUGCGAGAGAGUCCCCUGCCCUCACAGGGUGGACUGCUUUGUCUCCCGGCCCACUGAGAAGACCAUCUUCAUUAUCUUCAUGCUGGUGGUGGGUCUCAUCUCUCUCGGUCUCAACCUCACGGAGCUCGUCCACCUCUGCUGCAAGAACAUGCUCAACGGCUUAAAGAAGAUCUCAUCCACGUCCCCUGCCGGCCUGGGUGAGGACUCCUUCCCGGAUGAAAAGCUGUGUGAGGUGCCUGGUGGCCCAUACCAGCCCAAGCAGUACCACUAUCUGCCCAUGAGCACGGCUCAUGCUCCUCCCUACCAGUCUUACAAUAAGCUGUCUAGUGAGCAGAACUGGACCAACUUCAACACCGAGGAGAACCUGGCCCUGCGCAACGGUAGCAAACCUUUGCCCAGUGGCUAUGCUGCUAAUGCCCAGUCCCUGGAGGAGAAGCAGACCAGCCGUCCCAGUAGCUCCGCUUCUAAAAAACAGUAUGUCUGAGCAUCUGCAAUCGGGCUCGUGUCUUCUGGGCUGCCCCGCUGGAGGCUGUCACGGCUCACAGACUUUCUGGUUGUGUCCUCUUUCUUGGAGAGGCUUCUCCUCUUGGUUGAUGGGCAGAAACCUGGUUUCCUCAUGGGUCUGUGCGUAAAGUAAAGGUGCUGUAGAUGUUGUUCCAUGGACUCCUGUGAGCCCACAGCAAGCAUGGGGGGGUCAGUGGCAUGUGGUAGCCAACUGGCCACAGGUCCCAGUGCGGUAACCUUUUGGAUAGUCCUGCUGAAACCUACACAAGACUGUUGGGAAGAGGACUGUCCUCUGGACAAAAGACCUUGAGUUAACUGUUGCUUCAAACAAGCUACACUUGGACUUCUUCUUUUUCCAGCUGCUGUCCCUGGAGGGCAGUUUAUGUGACUUCUAUUUUUUUUUUUAACACUGUAUAAACAUGGAAACCAAACCAAAUCCCUUCUCAGCUGGGAUCUUGGGUGGUUUGCAUGGAAAACUAAGUUGUUCUUCCAUGGGAUAGAACUGCCACUGGAUUCUCAGGGGAAGCUAAUUGGAUUGAUAUCCAUAAAGCAACUAUCAGGGAGAGGAGCAGGGGGCAAAUAGUCCUUCCCUGACCAAGGGUUACGGCAAGUCAGUGGCUUCCAGCUCGGCAGGUCUUGGCUGUUUAUAGCCUUCAGAUGAAAGUAGUCGACAACGGUGGUGGAGAAAAGUGAAUCUGGACCAGGGCAAGGAAAGAAAUCCCCUUCUAAUCCUGUUGGGAUCUGCCUGCCUCCACGGUGUUGCCGGGUGCUGGCUUCAGCCUAGUGAUCCCCUUAAGCAACACUUCCAUAUAGGCUUUUAAUUGAAGCAGGUGGUCCUGAGCUGAAGCCACCUCUUUCCCUGGCUUCAGAGCCCCUUGCCCAAAUGCUCUUCAGGAAAAAAACCCUAAAAGAAACCUAGCACUGGCUACUCGCUAUGUGCUGUUGCCUGACUUCAGUAGCUUAUUUAAGCUGUUAAGUGCCUUGCUACACUAUGCCCCCCUUGAGAUUGUAGUUCCCCGGGGGAUGGCUUUGUGUCAGAAACUGCUGUAAUGGAGGAUACUGCCUGUCCUAAAACCCAGGCUCCCUUGAGCUGCCUGGUGGCAGAGCUGAGCUAUAUGCACUGUUCACUGUUUGUGUAUAGAGCAAUGUGCUGUUCAUGUAUCUAUGUAUGCAUUUCUCCUGUACACGUCAGCAAUAGUAGCCUUGCUGCUUUACCCUGGGUUCUUCCUAACUGCUAAGAUUUGUCUAAUUUUUGUUGUUGUUGGUCUGAGUGAAGGAAAAAAAAAAAAAGACAGUCUCUGCCACUGGAUCUACAGCUGUCUGGCUAAUAUGAACCACCCUAUCCAUGUCCAACUCUUCUAGAAGACUUGCUGCACAUCCAGCACUGAAAGGCCCAUGUUCUGGAGUGUGGACUCUUGUGACACUGUAAGAACUUGGCUGCAUCCAAAGCUGGGGGAAGGAUAAACGCUAGAAUUGAGUUGAGAUGGUCCUUUUGGAUGUCCAAUGUUAUGGAUGGGGCCAAAGAACUCCUUCUUCCCACCUUUGUUCCUUGGACUCUGUCAUUCAAGAUGAGGAUUAUGCAAGUCCAGGACUGGUAGCGCUCCUUUCCAUGCGUGGGGGCUUUGUGGGAUAGGGUGGAGCAGCAGGGCACAGGUGCUCACAGCUGAGAGGGCUGCACUGCAACAGCAUUAAAGUCACUUCCGCCUCUGGCGGCAGGGGAAGAAAUUGGAUGUCUCCUCUUCCACACAGGUCCUCUCCUGCUGUAGCAAAAUGUCACCAUGGGGGGGGAGAACAAACCUGUUGUUCCUGUUCUUAAAACUCAGGCUACAGUAAGCCGUCCCUGGUAUCCCAAAGCUGUGAAAGCACAAGGAUAUGACUCAACAUCCUUCUUUCUGUUUGUUCGUGUCACUAAUUUUUUGGGGGGGGUUUUGUUCGUUCCGGAGACCAAACAAAGCACUGCAGAUGCCUGUCCCAGCAUAACCAAAGUACAUGGACUCUGCUGGGAGUGGGUGGCAGACCGGAGUUGCUCUCCAGGAUUUUUGUUUCCUUUGUAUUUCUCUUGACAGACUUCAAACUUGCAUCUCAUCAAAUAAAAAAGUGACCCAAAUA